ACCAUUCAGGAAGUGGAAGCUGUUGUCAACGGAAGUAGAUCGAGUGAUAGUCGGUCUCCGUUGAUCGAGUGCACCUUACAAGCCACAUUUAGGGGCGCUGCACUUGACAGAGGUUCAGGGAUUUCUUCAGCUCUCCACCUUUUGCUUUAGGACAGGCUUCCAGCUAUGUCUGCUGUGGUGGAUCUAAAGACUAAGGAGGAGAAAGACGCAGAGCUGGACAAAAGAAUUGAAGCUCUAAGGAAGAAGAAUGAAGCUUUGGUCAAGAGAUAUCAGGAAAUACAGGAAGAUAAGAAAAAGGCUGAACAGGAGGGCAUCGCUGUGACGACAACUCGCAAAGCCCGCCCUCAUGAGCCUGAGUCUGAACGGAGAAAGACGGAAAAGGAAAGCUUCACAGUGACCGUUGACUUGUCCAAACCUGCUGGGGAAAAGCGUGUUGUGAAUGACAGGAAACCAGCUGCUCAUCGUGGUGACCAGGGCCCAGAAGAAGAAGAGUCUGGUCAGCUUCAUGGUGAGAGCCCCCCCCACAGAACCGGAUCGGGUCGGAUGAGCAGAGGUGGCCACCGCGGUGGAAGAAGAGAGCCUCGUUCAAACAAAGGCGAACUAUGGUCAGAAAGGCAGCCUCAGGAUGAUGAAGGUGGAGAGGGUCCAGCUCGAAGUGAACGCUCCUCUAGAGGAGGGCGGAGGGGAGGAAGAGGUGGAGGUGGAGGUGGAACUCAAGGAGGAUCAGGCCCGGACAGGAAAUCAAAGGAGUGGGAGGAAAAAAGAAGACAGAACAUAGAGAAGAUGAAUGAAGAAAUGGAAAAGAUUGCUGAAUAUGAGAGAGGUCAAAGGGCUGAUGGAGAGAAGAAACCCAUCAGAAACUUCCUUGAUGACCCACGGCGUAGUGGGCCCAUACAAGAAACUGACCGCAAGGAGGGAAGCCGACGACAUGUGCGCAAUUGGGGUGGUGUUGACUUUGACAAUGUGAAGACUGGUGCAGAGGUUGAGAAAGAAUGGACGAAUCGUAGGCCAAGCGGUAGAGGCUCAGUGGAUAUGACUCUGUCCAUGACUGGUCGAGAAAGAGCCGAAUAUCUCCACUGGAAAAAGGAGCGAGAGCAGAUUGACGAAGAACGGCUGGCUCGUCACCGUAAUGCCACUGGCCAGUGGAGACGAGAGUGGGAUGCCCAGAAAACAGAUACGAUGUUCAAGGAGGACCCAGCUGUGGCUGGAGAGGGCACACAAGAACAAAGCAACAGGAGAGCAGCUAGGGGGCGCAAUGCCCAUGUACAGCAACGCAGUGGACCUUCAGAAGACAACAAGAGGCCACCUAAGGCACCAACCAUUGGGGACUUCUUGGGACAGGGCAAACCCAGACAAGGAGGCCGUGGACGAGGGAGGGGUCGCGGUCAAGGCAAAAGCUACAGCAUGCAUGAUAACCGGUGGGAAGGAGAAAAUGAAGAGGAGAAAGGAAGAAAGGAGGAGCAAGAGAAGGAGAAGGAGAAGGAUGAAGAGAAGGUCAAAGAGAAGGAAGAUGAGAACAAGGAUGACAACCUCAAGGCUCCGUUGUCAGUGAAGAAGACUGAUGAAGAAGGCCUUGCUGAAGAAGAUGAUGAUGAGUGGGAGGAUGCUAGCGAUGGUGAAGAGGAAGAUGCGGAAGAGGAUGAAAAAGCGGAUGGUGGGGAAGACUCAAAAGAUGCUAAACCAACAGAAAAGACCCCUUUAUCUCCUGCACCUUCUACUCCCAGCCCAAAAGGACAACGUACCCCAAGACCCAAAGUCCACAUCCCUUCCCCACAGGAGACGCUCAGUACACCAGAGGGACCUAAACCCCUCAGCCCUUUCUCCCCACUGGACAGCCACCAGCCAGUAUCAGACUGGGGUGAAGAAAUGGAGAUGCUUUCUCCUAAGAGCAGUCUGGGUGAGAGCCCUCUGAGGCCCAGCAGCACUGAAAGCAGUCCAGCUCAACCCAAGAGCAUCCCGGCUGAACCUAACAUGACGACCACCCCCAGCCAGCCAGAAGAACCAGAAAUCAAAGAAAUUACAUCUACAGUGGUGGUGUCAGCUUCCUGUGAAACCCCAAAGGAGCCUGUAGCAGCUGAAUCUGCCGACACAACCACCUCGAGCAGCCAUGACACAGCAGAUCCCGUAGUGGCGCCCACCCCAGACAGCGCCAACCUGAGCAAGGAAAGCGACGCCCCUGUUGUAGAGCCGGAUCAGAGUCAGCCUGAAACGAAGGUUGUGGAGGAUAUGGCAGUGGAUUCUUCAGAUCAGCCGUCCUCAGGAUCCCAUUUAAAUGCUGUUUAGGAUCAUAAUCAUUUAGGGGAAAUCUGUUUGGCUUUUCUCCCACAGCAGCUUCCAGAGAUGAAUUACACAGGGUAAACCUAAUGUGGUUCCUGAGACUGUAUGGCAUCUUAUUAGAUUUCAUCUCAUUUUAAUCUUCAUCAUGUAUGAAAUGUUUAUCAAGCCACACAGAAUGAAUGUACACCAGAGUUCAGAUAGCUAUGUUUCCAUCCACCUUUUUUUAAUGUGCAUUUUGUAAUAUCGCAUGAAAAAACACUGGAUGGAAAUGCUAAGAUUUGCAUAAAUUAAAAAAAUGUGCUUAAAAAAGACUAAUGUGCACAAUUGAGUAGAAUAAACUUUUUAUCCACUAAAAGAUGUGCAUAAACUAUAAUGGAAUGCGUUUAACAUCAAAAAAGUUGUGUGAGUUUGCACGAUUGGACAAGAUAACUUGACUAGCCUGCAGACAGAUCUCAUUCCACAGCAUCUGAAACAUUUUUUAAAUGUCAUCAAAGAAAGUCUGUAUAAUUGUCUUACACAACUGCGUUCCCAAUCAGCAGGCAUCCACCUCCGAAAGCAAGGACAACAUUUAUUGUUUCAUCUGCUUGCUUUGAGGCGCAAGUUAUUAUUCUAUUUAUGGCUUCUCCUACUUUUCUGAUUGAUAUUUAGUGCCAGUUUAUCAGGAAGUGAUGAUUUUAUUCUCUUUGACUCAUUGGAUGGAAACGGUGCUUUAUUUGCAAAUGUUUUGUUCCAGUUUUGUGCAUAAGUCAAAUUCGCAUCUUUGGAUGGAAACAUAGCUGAUACAUAGCUGAAACAUAAUGAGGGUAGUUUUUGCAAAUAAAACCCAUUGUUUAUUCACAUAGACUAAAAAAAAGGCCCUCUGAAAUGAUCAGGGUUUCUGCAGUUUUAGAAAACCUGGAAAUAUCAGGAAAUGUAAAAAAAAAAAAUCAUGGAAAUGUUUCCGUAAUCUUCUAGUUAUGCAAUGAUUAAAAGGAUUUCAUCAGCUAGAGUUAAGUCUUUUUACAAAUUUUGAAUAAAAGAUUUGUCCCGUGAUGUGUUUGGAUGGGUAUAUGGUGGCUUAAAUAAUCCACUGUAAUAUCAGUACAAUAAUUUUUAAGAUUCCUUAUCCAGUGAACAACUGGAAAUGUUAUUAGAAAUUCUUUGAUUACAAGAAAUGGGAACCCAGUGUCUCAUUCGGUUACAAAGCAAAGGAAAAUCUAAACUAAAAAAAAAGCCUAGCCAAACAUUAUAAAAAGAAAAAUGAAAUUGGUGGCCUUUAUCCUCAUCAUUUAGUUUUUUUCUAAAGUCUGAAAUUUGAAUUCUCUCCCUUUUUUUCUUUUAUUGCCCUUUUGAGGUGCGGUCACAUUCACCGUUCAGCAAAUUUUCGCAGGCAAAUCCAGUAAUUUCAGUAGGAAUCCAUGCAAUCUGGAAUUUAAUUUGAAGGCAAGGUAUUUCCCCACAAAUUGCACAAUGGGUUUAAGUUGGUCAUCCAAAUUUGCCAUGUUGACCAAAGCAUGCUGCUUGAUUUGAUUUGAGAAAAUGGCUUUAGUGUGCGUGUUUCAUCAUACAUCACUGCACUGUUGACAACAGACAAUGGACCUUUAGUUCCUGUGAAAUUUUGCCGAAAUAUCACUGAUGUGACUGCACCUUAUUCUGUACAAAGUAUUCUGUCGCUGUAGGAUUUUUACUUAUACAAGUGAUGAAUUUGUAGUUUAUACUGUUGACAUUUGGCAUGAUGCUGGAAUGGCGAAUAAAUGUUGUGCUGCUUGUUACAUUUGAA